UGUUGCCAUGCGCCAGUCUGCAAAUGCAUAUAAGCUACGUGGUGACCUACGGAAGGCAGUGGGCUGAAAGUAGACUCCCCCCUUCCUCUCCUUACUCGCCCUACUCAUGAGUUCCGCACUGUUCGACCCCAGCCGGCUGCCCAGUUACAGGCAUUCGCACAUGCUACGUUUCCACCCCUACCCUAGAACCGGGCCUGGACGUAGGGAACCACUCAAGGUUCUCGAUGAAUCCGACGUUGAACAAGACGUGGAUGAAAACCCUGGGCCAGGGAAAGGAGAUCCAGGGCAGUCAACGGACGAAGUGGAGGCCCUGAUGCGAGCCCUCCAUCUAGGUAACGAAGGACCCGAUGAGGGCAAAGUUACAAGGUUCCAACGUAUCAGUUUUACUAGUCAAGUCAUCGACCUUGCGCUCCUUGUCACUCGGAAGUCAACCUGAAGUUGGAUCACUGUUAAUACAGGUGGGGAAAGGGCACUAAUGUAAAUAUGUACCCUUCUUCCCGCGGUACUAUGGUACAUACUGCAGCCCUAGGGGCAGUUACAUACACAGCUCCAUUCUAAUGCUACACCAAGGACCGAUAUAACUGUGUGACUGGUGCACUAUGAUAAAAACCAGUAAAUCUUCAGAGCUACGUGGUGCUCGGAGGUUUAGUUGUCCCACAGCUUUGUUCCAGCUCUUCCUCCUGUUUCUUUAAUCUGG